AUGGCGUGGAGCACGGCGGAGAACGAGAGGUUCGAGCGCGCGCUGGCCAUCUACGACCGCGACUCGCCGGGGAGGUGGGAGCGCGUGGCGGCCGUGGUCGGCGGCGGCAAGACGGCGGACGACGUGAGGCGCCACUACGACCUCCUCCAGGAGGACGUCGGCGACAUCGAGAACGGGGGCUACGGCUACCCCGGCGGCGCCGCCGGUGGCCGCGGCAACAACGGCAGCGGCCGCGGCGGCAGCAACAGCAGCAGCAACCAGAACAGGAGCAGAGCCAACGGGCCGCAGACAUGACGGCGAAGUACUCCAAGCCACGCAGGCUUCAGAUCGACGCGAAAUCGAUCAACUUAAUAUGCAUGUAUACAAAUAUUUAUGUAUACAUAAAUAUUUGUGUGCCAAUAUAUAUAUAUUUAUACGUAUCUUGGAUGUAGCUUUAUCAUGUAGUGAGUGAUGAGCCUGUGAGAGGGGCAGUGGCGUAUGCAGCUAUGCAUGCAGUUCUCAUGGAUGUAUAAAAUGCAUCUUCUACUUUGUAAUG